GUUGGCCAUUCUCUUUAGUGUUUGCCCUGUCUAUCUUUUCCUUGCCACCUCUUCAACAAUAAUUUAAUUCAAAAUUAGUAGCAGAACCCCCAAACGGGAGAGAUACAAACAAAUAUUCAAAAAAGUAACCCAUGGAGUAACACAACUGGGCAGAGUCAUUUCGAGGCAGAGCUUCAAUCUAUUCUAGUCUUUCCCCCUCUUGCUUUUACUUUCCGCCACACUACUUUGCAGUCCAACACAAUCUUGCACUACCUUGUGGCCUUUUUCUGCUACCGUGUUGCUAAGCUCUUGCCUCGACUCCUCCUCAAACAGAAGACUAGACCCCUCUCCAAACAGCCACUAUGUCACAGGUUCAAUUCCAGUCUCCCAGCAACCCUCUGACCAGCUCUGUCCCCAUGGCAAUGGCUCCACCUCAGCCGGGCUUCAGCAUUCCGUGUGCUGCGGCCCCAACACUUCCCUCGGAGAGUGCCAGUCACCCGCUGCGAAGCUCUGCCCUGCCCUCUGCCUCCGUCACACCCUACAGCAACCCUACAGUUUCUAACAUGGCAAACCCUAAAGAGAAGACCCCCAUGUGUCUGGUGAAUGAGCUGGCCCGCUACAACAAGAUCCAGCCCGAGUACAAGCUGCUAAGUGAGCGAGGACCAGCGCACUGUAAGAUAUUCGCGGUGCGCUUGACACUGGGAGACCAGCACUGGGACGCAGAGGGGACCAGUAUAAAGAAGGCCCAGCACCUGGCCGCCUCCUGUGCUCUGAGCCAGUCCACCCUGCCCAAGCCCACCCUCAGAUCCCCCCGACACCCAGGCAAGAACUCAGCAGACAGCCUCACACACACGGUGGAACUGAACGCACUGUGUAUGAAGCUGGGUAAGAAGCCCACCUACAAGCCUAUAGACCCCUACCCCGCCAUGCGACCCAGCUUUAACUACAGCAUCAGGCCCCCGGGUCCCUACGCUCGCUCCAUGCAACAGUACUACUACCCCUUUCCCCCAGUGGGGCCUGUGGUGUACCACAUGGAGCUUUCCAUCGGGGGGCAGCAGUUCUGCGGCAAGGGCCGCACGCGGCAGGCCGCUAAGCACGACGCUGCUGCUAAGGCCCUGAAGAGCCUGCACAAGGAGCCACUGCUGCAGCAACUACCUGAGAAUGAUGAGGAAUCUUUGGAAGAAAACCUCAAUAAAUCGGAGAUAAGCCAGGUGUUUGAAAUCGCCCUCAAGCGGAGUAUGCAAGUGAGCUUUGAGGUACUGAAGGAAGUGGGCCCUCCGCACAUGAAGAGCUUCGUGGUGCGUGUGUCGGUAGGCGAGUUCUUCGGGGAGGGUGAGGGCAAGAGCAAGAAGAUCGCCAAGAAGCUGGCCGCCACGGCUGUGUUGGAGGAGCUCCGGCGCCUGCCCCAGCUGCCCAGCACCGAGAAGACGCCGCCCCGCAUCAAGAAGAAAGCCAAGUCCAUCGUCAAGCUGCAGACCAGCCCUGAGUACGGGCAGGGCAUGAACCCCAUCAGCCGCCUGGCUCAGAUCCAGCAGGCCAAGAAGGAGAAGGAGCCCGAGUACCUGCUGGUCACUGAGAGGGGCUUACCCCGACGCCGAGAGUUCAUCAUGAAGGUGACUGUCGGUGGGCAGUGUGCGGAGGGGAUGGGGCCCAGUAAGAAAGUGGCCAAGCGCAACGCUGCUGAGAAGAUGCUGGAGCUCCUGGGGUUCAAAGUGCCUCAACCACAGCCUCCAAAACCUGCCCUAAAAACCGAAGAAAAGCCUCCCCUGAAGAAGCCGGGAGAUGGCCGCAAAGUGACCUUCUUUGAGCCCGGCUCAGCGGAUGAGGCAGGCUUAGUUCCAAAGGAGGAAGACUACCGGCUGCCCUUCCUCAACCACCCUCAGCUGCCAGCGGGCAUCCUACCCAUGGUGCCCGAGUUGGCCCAGGCGGUGGGUGCCAGCCAGGGGCCUCACAUGCAGGAGUACGGGCGCCAGGUGGUGGCCAACCCCGCCAAGGCCUCGCUGACGGCCCUGAUCGCCAAGGAGCUGCUGUACGCGGGCACCUCCCUCACCGCGGAGAGCGUGCUGAAGGGCAGCAACAGCCUGGCGCUGAUCCCCCACGGUCCACUCACACGGCCUUCUGAACAGCUGGCCUACCUGUCCUCUGUACAGGGCCUGCAGGUAGAAUACAAGGACUUCCCUAAGAACAACAAGAAUGAGUAUGUGUCCCUCAUCAACUGCUCCUCCCACACCCCUCUCAUCAGCCACGGCAUCGGCAAAGACGUGGAGUCCUGUCACGAUAUGGCUGCCCUGAACAUCCUCAAGCUGCUCUCAGACCAGCAGCCAGCUGAGCGAACAGGAAAUGGACCAAUCACGGGGUGUGCCAAACAGGACCAGGAGACAGCCCCGCUGAUCAAGGCGACCAACUCCAGCCCCAUGGUCCAGACUCUGGACGGCACGGUGUAGACAUGUCCACCCCCACACACCUCAAGCACUGGAGCAAACCCACGUACUGGCCACGUGCCAAUCAGCACGAGAGCUAGAGAGGCUCUUAUAAGGAGUCUCCCUAGCAUCUUGAGCUCGAGGCACUCCAGAGGUGUCUACAUGGAGACUGUGUCCCUGUCAUGACGAAGUGUAAUGGUUCUAUUUAUUUGGAAAAAAAAGGACAGGGAAAAGAAAUACCAAGCGAGAAAAGCCCAGCUUGGCCAAGCUUCAUUAUGUCAAGAAUGGUGAACCGUUUUUGUUCAAAUGGAAUCAAAAUGCUAGAAUGUGGUUUCUUGAGUAUAGAGAUUAUUUAGUUGUGCAUUCAUUUUGUGUUUAUUACUUUAUUCUUUCACUACAGGAGAUUCAGAGAUUAUGUAUCAGUUUUGUGAAGACUGAAAUUUCAGAGGUCUACAGAGUUAAGGUGUUGAUGCAUUGGUCAACGCUUCGAUGUGAGCGAUGUUGCUGGGCAGUCAUAUGACCGUUUCAUAGUGUUUGGGACAAAUGAUCACGGAUCACUGAAGAUUACAGUUUUCCAGAGAAUCAAUUGGAAAGUUCUCAAACAUCACUUACCAACACUGCCUGGUAAUAUUGCUUUAGCAUUGCUCUGUGCAUCAUCCCUUUGAUGUAUAAUUCUAUGGAGGCACCAUAGUAGGACAUGGUGAAGCUUGCCUACACUGUGGGUUUUCUCCAGUGCUUGAGAAUAAAACAAUGUUAAUAAUACUCAUUGCCAUGUACUGUAGGUCGAAAGGGUCUUCAUUUUUCUUUAGCUGUUACUCUAUCACAAUCUGUCUUUCUUUCUCUCUCUUACUCUGUCCAUUCUUUCUCUCCUUCUCUGUUCUAUUUUCUUUCUCCAUCUCUCAACACUUGUUUCUGUCCAUCUUUCUAAACUUAUUUUUUUUUAAAUCCAUCUUGAAGUCCCUCUCUUUCACAUGUCUACCCCACACAUUGAUGUGGGGGUAGGAUGGGAUAUUGUGAAUUUCAGUGUGGGGUUGCAGCAGUAUACUGACAUUGUGGUAUACCGUGAUCUGAAAAUCAACAGUUACCAUACCAUGUGUAUUUGUCUGUUAAUGGUAUUGUAAAAAACGGAAUGAAUGCAGUGGCUGGCAAGGGAGAAAACAAGCAAAUUUGCCGGUUUUUGAGAAUACCAUCCUGCUGUGCAGAUCAAAGCAUUUAUCCCGUUAAUGAUUUUAAUCCCUAACAAAAUAAAGGUGUGAACGUUUCAAUGUUCAUCAUAAAAUACACUAUUCAAAUAAUUUUCCACACACCAGCCUUCCUGUCUAAAUCUGUAUGUCCGUUUGGUAAUCUCUGACAUACAGACACACUAUAGACAAAUACUGUGAAACCGUGACAUUUUCCGAGACGGUGAUACCGCAAAAAUCUUAUACUGUUGCAAUCCUAUUUCAGUGUAGCGUGUGUGUGUGUGUGUGUGUGUGUGUGGUGACGUCCUGUGAUGUCCCCCUUUUUGUUUUUUUGUGCGUGCGUGUGUGUGUCUGUGUUUGGGGAUAUGUUUGUUAGUAAGUAUGGUUGGUUGUUUGUGGGUGUGUGUCUCGUGUGGGUGUGUGUAUGUGUGUGUGUGCGUGCAGUGGUCAUCAGUCAAGUGGCCCACCUCCCAUUACCCUCAAUGUAAGAGUGCCCUCCUGGAUGCCUCACUCAUUAAAAAGGUGUCACUGUGGCACAAAGUCAA